CAAAAAAAAAAGUAAAAUUAACUCAAACUUUGACUCAAUCGCAUAAGCCAAACAAAUUGAAAUUUCUUAAACGCGCUCAACUUGACUUUGAGUCGCUGCAUAUAUAAAGCGGGGUGGCAUAAAAAAUUCCAUGUCAUUUCAAUAAUUUCGGUCGUUGCGUUGAGACGUUGGCAAGGCGGUGACGAAAAGUGUGCUGUGUGAAUUACUUUUAAACUAAACGAAAACGAAAGUGUUUAACACAUUAAUUCAAAAUUCAAACUAAAUAAUUUCUACCGAAAAGUGCAAAUAAAACUAUUACUAAGCAAAAUGAAAGCCUUUGUGUUGGCAAGUGUUUGUUUAUUCAGUGUUCUAAGCGCUGGCUUGGCACAGUUCUCAAAUGGGCGUGUAUUGGAUCCACCAAAUCCACAACUGUGUGCACAAAGGAUUAUACACGAGAAGACACCCGAUGGCAAAGGUUACUUCUUCUCAUGGCGUGACCCUAACCUUAAGGGAGUUGAAGAAGAUUGGUUGAGUGCAAGAAACUACUGCCGCAGACGUUGUAUGGACUCAGUUUCAUUGGAAACUAGUCUAGAAAAUGAAUGGAUUAAACAACGUGUGGUCACUGAAAAUGUGAAAUACAUUUGGACAAGUGGUCGUCUCUGCGAUUUCAAGGGCUGUGAACGUCCCGACUUGCAACCCACAAACAUCAAUGGUUGGUUCUGGACAGCUACACUCCAAAAGCUUGCACCCACAACUGAACGUUCACAAGGUGAUUGGUCACCUACCGGUGGUAUCGGUCUACCACAACCUGAUAACCGUGAAUACAAGCAAAAUGGUGCACCCGAGAACUGUUUAGCAUUACUGAAUCAAUUCUACAAUGAUGGCGUCAACUGGCAUGAUGUUGCCUGCCAUCAUAAGAAAUCAUUCGUCUGCGAAGAAAAUGAUGCCCUCUUGAAGUAUGUCCGCUAUACAAAUCCCAACUUACGCAUUUAGAUUGGUCUAAUACCAAUAUAAGAACUCACACAUAAACAAAUAUAAAUGUUCAUUAACUCAAAAAGUUAUUUAAGACAAAACCAAAAAUUUCAUAUUUAAUUUUUUUUUAAUAAAAAAUUUUCGAAACUUCACUUUUAACUCUCAAAAUUUACGAACAUUUGUACUCUUCGUUCGAUUGUGAACAAAUCUCUAAA